AUGGCCGCCACUUCGUUCAAGGCCGAUGCCUUGCUCUUGAACACUCCCCAAAAUGCGUGCAAUAACCAGGGCCAAACACUGAGUGUCACCGAUGCUUUUGAGCUUGACGUUGGGUCGAAUAUUGAGACUCUCUCUGACAAACAUGUACGGAAUCGGGAUGCAAUCGUCGGGCUCAUGUACGUCCCGCAGUUGCCCCCGAAUCAUAGCUGCAUUAACGCAACGUCGGACUUCAUUCCUUCAAACGUAACUCGCCUCAAUAAUCUGCCCGCACGCAACUGUCUGCUCAUUGCUCUCGCCCCAUGGGUGUCUGCCCCCUGUACAAAAUUAUUCCUUUCCCAGGCCGGCCGUGAUGAUGCCACCGCCGUGAUUCUUUUCCCUCCCGAUGGCUCAUUCUCCCCGCCAUCCCCAGCGAAUGAUCCUAAAUGGGACAUGGAAGACCCCGAAUGGAAGUCAAAAUACAAGCUUCCAGUUUAUGCAAUGCCUGGUGCUUUCGGAGAUGAGCUAAUGCUCCAACUCUCUCAAUAUUCUGGCCGCUUGAUAGACGCCCCUAACGGAGAUCGUUUGGAGAAAAUGUAUGAUGCCAACUCAACAGCUAGAGUCUACGGCGUAGUAUCGCUAGAAAGUCGCCGUGAGGCCCUUCCUGGCCUCUGGGUGUUCCUUUUGGUGGUCCUCGCAGCAUUGGUUGGCAUCGUCGCAGUCUCGUCCAUUGGCAUGAAAUUUAUACAGCACAGACGGCGGGCUUCGCUAAGAGCAAGGAUUGCGGCGGGAGAUGUGGAUUUAGAAAUGCUUGGUAUCAAACGACUAAGGGUGCCGCAGCAUAUUCUCGACAAAAUGCCCCUUUAUACGUAUGAUAAGGAUGGCCACCCGGCAGCUCCCGCCCCAAUAAAUCUACCUACCGAUUCCAAAGGCGAAGAACCAAGUAGUUCUGCCUCCUCUAACUCCCCCACUAUACCGGCAGCCUCUCAAACUUCGCCAUCUAACCCCUCGACCUAUGAACGCUUUAAAUCAAGCUUCUCCCAAACAGUGUGUCCGAUUUGUCUUGAUGAUUAUGUCUCAGGCGAGUCUGUUGUUAGGGAGCUUCCGUGUCAACACAUUUUCCACCCAGAAUGCAUCGACUCUUUCCUAUUGCAGAAUAGCAGCCUGUGCCCUGUCUGCAAAAAGACCGUGUUUCCUCCUGGAUAUUGCCCGGAAGUAAUUACUGAUGCUAUGGUUCGUCAGGAAAGAUAUGCCAGGUCCCGACGCCAGCGUGGCAAUCAGGAUAUAAUGCUGAAUGAUAUUGAACCCCACCAUCCGGCCGGUUCGAGGUGGCGGCGUGGUAUCCAGAACACUUUUAUUGGUAGACUGCCUUUUUUCCGGUCUUCCGAGCCACAGCCCGAUCGUGAUUUCACUGCAGAAAGAGCAAUAUCACCAGAAGCAGCAUCCUCAUCAUCCAUCAGGCGUCGCGAGGAGAUGCGAAGGCGAGCAGUAGCGAUGCUGGGGCCCCAGCGUAUGGUCGAGGAUGAGGAGAGAGAGCGCGAUGCUUCAAGACCAAAAUGUGAGAAAACUCCAUCGUUUCGAUUUGACAUAUAG